AUGUAUGUGUGCAAGAGGUACAUCGAGAACCAGCAGCAUCUGCAGCAUCUGGAGCUCAGUGACCUGAGGGGCCUGGGGGAGCUGAGAAACCUCACCAUCGUGAAGAGUGGUCUCCGUUCCGUGGCGCCAGAUGCCUUCAAUUUCACUCCUCGGCUCAGUCGCCUGAAUCUCUCCUCCAAUGCUCUGGAGUCUCUCUCCUGGAAAACCGUGCAGGGCCUCUCCUUACAGGAACUGGUCCUGUCAGGGAACCCUCUGCACUGUUCCUGUGCCCUGCGCUGGCUGCAGCGCUGGGAGGAGGAGGGCCUGGGCGGAGUGCGAGAACAGAAGCUGCAGUGUGGCGGGCAGGGGCCCCUCGCCCUCAUGCCCAACGCCAGCUGCGGCGUGCCCACGCUGAAGGUCCAGAUGCCUAAUGCCUCCGUGGACGUGGGGGACGACGUGCUGCUGCGGUGCCAGGUGGAAGGGCGGGGCCUGAAGCAGGCCGACUGGAUCCUCACGGAGCUGGAGGGGUCAGCCACGGUGAUGAAGUCUGGGGGUCUGCCAUCCUUGGAGCUGACUCUGGCCAAUGUCACCAGUGACCUCAACAGGAAGAACGUGACUUGCUGGGCAGAGAAUGACGUGGGCCGGGCCGAAGUCUCUGUCCAGGUCAACGUCUCCUUCCCGGCCAGCGUGCAGCUGCAUGCACCGGUGGAGCUGCACCACUGGUGCAUUCCCUUCUCCGUGGACGGGCAGCCAGCGCCCUCUCUGCGCUGGCUCUUCAAUGGCUCCGUGCUCAAUGAGACCAGCUUCAUCUUCACUGAGUUCCUGGAGCCGGCGGCCAACGAGACUGUGCGGCACGGCUGUCUGCGCCUCAACCAGCCCACCCAUGUCAACAACGGCAACUACACGCUGCUGGCUGCCAACCCCUCUGGCCAGGCCGCCGACUGGGUCAUGGCUGCCUUCAUGGACAACCCUUUCGAGUUCAACCCCGAGGACCCCAUCCCUGGUGUGAGGGCCACCCUGAACCCUGUCCCCACUGCUGGGCUCUACCUGGGGUGGAGAUCAGGAUGUCCAGGGAAGCCUGGCCCACUUUCUGCUAUGACCCUGACCCCAGGAGCUGGAGUGCCUGGUCCUGGACAGAAAGGAGUCCAGAGUCCUGAUGUCCAGCUCUGUGCUGGCCCCCUUGGUCCCUUCCCCCAAGCCAGGACUUCUGAACCCCUGAGCUAUUCCAUCCAUUUGGGCUGGCUGAAGAGAGAGCCAUGCACAAGGGCAUUCCUGGCCCAGCUGGAAAAUGAUCACAGGCAUCUUCUCCCUUGAGGUCCAGCAGCCCCACCCCCAUGCCACCCUCACCCCACAAAGGGAUGAGCCCCAGAGGGGUCAGGGACUCGCUGCUCUCCUCCUCCAUCUGACUGCUCUCUCUCCUCCCUCCUGCUGCAGUCUCUUUCUCGCCAGUGGGUGAGUAGCCCAGGCUGGAGG